AUGCCUCUCUCCUGGCCCUCCCCCGUCAACAACCAACUCGGUAUCGCCACCGUCUCGCUCGGAAAUCCCCGGAUCCAUCAUCUUCAACCUCGCCUGGAAGCCGCCGCCAAAGCCGGAUAUCACUGGAUCGACCUUUUCGACGAAUGUUGGGCUGCAUAUCUGGAAGAACACAAUCUUCCUGGUGAUCGACUAUGGGAGGCCACAGAGGAUAACCUUCGUGUGGCGCGGAAACUGGGCGACCUCGUCAAGUCGCUCGGAAUGCGCAUCGCGUGUACACAGCCACUGCGCGUGAUUGAGGGCAUCAAAGAUCCUAACGAGCGGAAAGAAACGCUGGAUCUCGUUGCAAAACGGUUCCCGUUCAUGAGAGCAUUCGAUACCGAUCUCGUGUUUAUGUGUGCGAGUAUUCGAACCGACGAUGGCGUCACUUCCGAUUUGAAGACGGUGGCGAAAGAUCUGGCGGAAUUGGGCGAUAUGGCCAGAGCAUAUGCCGAAGCUGAUGGAGGGGCGAUGCUGAAGAUAGGAUAUGAAGGAUUGUCAUGGGCGCAACGGAAUACCUGGUCGUCGUCGUGGGAGGCAGUCCGAAUGGCGAAUCGACCGAAUGUUGGGCUCAUUCUGGAUGCGUUUAACAUCCUGGCCGUCGAGUUUGCAGAUCCAUACAAUCCAGCUGGACAUGGGCGGAUCCAUCCAACCAUCGAAGAGUCACUCGAGGUACUAUGUGCAUCACUAUCGUCGCUCGUCCACUCGGUCCCUGGGGAUCGCAUCUUCUUCUUCCAAGUCGGCGAUGCCGAAUGUGUUGAUCCCAAGACCUUCAAACCACCGACUGAUCCAUCUAUCCCGGCCCUGUUGCCAUGGUCUCGAGGCCAUCGACUGUAUCCGUUUGAAGCAUCGCGCGGGGGUUAUAUGCCGGUGGAUCUGGUUGCCGCUGCAGUGGUUGCAACAGGAUAUCAGGGUCCGAUGUCCUUGGAGGUAUUCAACAAUUCACUCUUUGACUCUGAUCGCGGUGUCCCUGCUGUCCAUGCGGAACGGGGGAUUGUCGGACUGCAAAAACUGGCUGCUGCCAUCCCUGAUAUUCCAGCGUUCUGGGAGAAGUGGUUGCAGAGUCCUCGAGAUGCAUCCAUGCAGAUCAUCCAGGCGAAGAGGCAGGGAAAGUUGUAA